CUUUUUGAUUCUCGCCGUAUAAAGUCAAUACUCGCGUAUACCAGAAGAGGUAGGCAGAAACAGAAAGAAAGUCAGAAGGGAGAAUGACAGCUACACAGCGAAAAUUACCAAAAGCAGACCUUCCCAAGGACAAAGGACCAAGGUCUAAUGUCUUGCAUUGGGAUGAAUUGCCUGAGUGGCUUCGACGCGAUCCAUAUAUCAGGCUAGGUUACAGGAGGCAGCUCGAUACACUUACGGCCUGUUUCUGGUCGCUGUUCUAUCUUCAUAAUGAAUUCGUCAACAUCUGGUCACACCUCCUGCCGGCCUUGUUCUAUGUUGGUAUGGCCAUUGCCUCGCAGUUCGAUAUUUUCGAGGAUUCAUUGGAUGAUCGACUUUUCGACAAGCUUAUUCUGGUUAUCUAUCUCGUCGGCACAGCUGGCUGUCUUUUUUUCUCGGUAAGUAUACUCCUAAUCCUUUGGGAGUUUGAAGCGAGGCAAUUGAUAACAAAUAAUAAGGCCAUAUAUCAUGGGUUGAGCUCACAUUCACAAGAUGUUGCACACCAUGCACUGAAGCUUGACUAUCUUGGAAUAGUUCUUAGCAUCACAGUCAACAGUAUUUCAGCCACAUAUUUUGGAAUGUAUAAUAGUCCAUAUUUCCAGACUUUCUACAUUGCAAUCAGUAUUUGUUGCGCUUCCGGGGUUUUCCUCAAUCUUCUUGGACCAAAUGCGGAUGGACCAUCGGCUUCAAAUCGAAGGUAGGAUUGCAAAAACAUAACCUCUUCGAGAUGAAUAUAUGCUAACUAUAUUAUGUAAAGAGUGAGGCUUUUAUCAGCCUUGUUUGUUACCGCAUUUGUACCUAUUCUUCAUAAGUGGUUGCUUGAUGGGAGCGAUGGACUGAAAGGGUUUCCCCUUUAUAAUCUUGCAAUCAUGACUCUUUGCUAUUUUGUGGGCACUCUCUUCUACGUCUCGCACUUUCCCGAAUGCUAUAUGAGGGAAACUUUUGACAUAUGGGUAAGAAUGUCAAACUCGAGGAACCGGUGUCUUUGCUAAAGUUUUUGAAUUAUCUAGGGAGCGAGUCAUCAGAUCUGGCAUGUAGCAAUUGCAACAGGCCACAUAGUUUAUUGGUAUGGACUGUUGGAUGUUAUGGAGAAGGUCCAUGUAUAAAGUAAUGUAGUAAAUAUGGGGUAUGGAUACUGUACUAGAUAUUUUUGUUUUCAUGGACUUCAAGAUAUAUGCAUGCUUAGCACAACAUUCAAGAUUCGGGACAGACAUACAAUAACCAGUUAAUGUCUACUCUAUGUAUCUACAUACUAAGAAACUCGC